AAAUAAUAAUUCUGCAUUUUGUUGCCUUUUCGGAUAGGCAGAAAAGCCAAGUCAUCUCUCCGUCCGAGGGAGACAAUAAGCUCCCCGUUAAACGAGAGCUCCAGAAAUUUUAAAUAUUUCCAAAUUUCCACCUAGUUCGCAUUGAGAUAAAGAGAGAGAGCAGAACGUCGCAAAGGAAGAGAGCUGCAGGUCGGUUUAAAAUCGUGACAAGCAGAAUUUUAAAGAGGGAAAGAGUUUUAUCUUCAGACCGAGCGCAUCCAGAACACACGCAAAUUUGAAGAAAGAGUCGUCUUUGUGAAAGGGUUGCUCGCGUCGUAACUUCCGAGCAGAACCGUUGCCGUUUGGCAGGAUGAACGAUACGGAGCAGAAAUUACCCCCACGGCAGAAAACGACCGUCCCCACAAUGAAGAAAGUGGGGAAAGGAGAUUGUUUUCAUGAGAGAGGACGAUUUCCUCAUCACUCCGUCCAACUACGUGAGCCAACACCACGUGACGAUAACCACGUGCAGUCCCCCUCAGAUAGCAGCAGGUCAUCAAAAGUCAAGAAAUUACCGCAAAUUGGCAAUAAGAAGAUCUUCCCAUGCAAAAUAUGCCUACGUCCCUUCACCAACAGAACCAGUGCUCACCUCCACGCCCGCACUCACCUCAACUCCGACGAGCGGGAGCGGUCUUCACUUUUCCAGGAGAAGUGCCCCCACUGCAAAAAAGCGUUCUUCGAUCGUCACUACUUUACCGACCACGUGGCUCCGCACGAAGGCCGGAAGAACCACGCCUGUCUCAUUUGCAACCAGAAGUUCGCCCACAAAACGGAUAUGACCCGGCAUCUCUUCGUCCACAUGAGCGGCGAGGAGCGCGCGGAGGUGCGGCAGGGCUGGCGACACGGCUGCUACUUCUGCAGCAAACGGUUCAAAGCUCCAUCUAAGCUCAGUCGUCAUUUGCUGGUCCACACCACGGAAAAAGUGGGCGGGCGAUGUCACACUUGUCGAAAAAGUUUCACCUCCAAAGAUUCUCUGACCAAUCACCGGUUCUCCCACCUCUCCGAAGACGAGAAGGCCGCCCUCGUGAAGCAGGGGACGGGUCGAGAGUGCUUAUUCUGUAAGAAGAAAUUCCCUGAUAACCGCACUUAUCGUUCUCACCUGGCCUCCCACACGAAAGAGAAACCUUUUCCGUGCGACCAGUGUGAGAAGCAGUACAGUGCGAGAAGUAGCUUAAAUCUGCACAAGCGCAUUCACACUUCGAACCCAAAACGGUACAAAUGCGACGAAUGUGGUCAAGCCUUCAGUCAAAAGCAUCACCUGGCCAGACACCAGAAGACGGUGCACCGGAAGUUGAAGGACAUCGAGUGCCCCAAGUGCGGCAAGAUGUUCGGGACGAAGGGUGACAUGGUGGAACAUCUGAGGGGUGUCCAUCUCAAAAUCCGGCACCCCUGCCCCCACUGUGGGCACAAAGCCACGCAGAAAUCCAAUCUGAAGAGACACUUGAGGAAGAUUCACCCCCAAGAAUUAAGCCCUGCUCAUCCAAAACAAUAAUAACUUUUAUACCUUGUAUUGUUAUUAAUGCUUUCUUGAUUUCACUGUUUAUGACGAGUUCAUUGUUCUCGUAUGACUGAUAAAAAUGGCAUAAUCGAAUUUUUAAUUUGUAAUAAUGACACACUUUUUGUUACCGUGUUGACGAUUUUUAUGUAGUAAAGUAUUUCCGUUUUUUUUAUAAAA